GGCGCGCGGUCGAGGCCGGUGCCGGCGGGGCGGGGCGGGCGCGGCGGAGGCGGCGGAAGAGGGAGCGGGAGCCGUGGGAGGCCGGGCGCCGCCAUGGAACUGGGCCCGGAGCCCCCGCACCGCCGCCGCCUGCUCUUCGCCUGCAGCCCCCCUCCCGCGUCGCAGCCCGUCGUGAAGGCGCUGUUCGGCGCGCCAGCCGCCGGAGGCCUGUCGCCUGUCACCAACCUGACGGUCACCAUGGACCAGCUGCAGGGGCUGGGCAGUGAGUAUGAACAGCUACUGGAAGUGAAAAACAGCAGUUUGCAGAGAAUGGGUUCCUCCGAGUCAACUGAUUCAGGCUUUUGUCUGGAUUCUCCUGGGCCCUUGGACAGUAAAGAAAACCUUGAAAAUCCCAUGAAGAGGAUAAAUUCUCUACCUCAGAAGCUCUUGGGGUGUAGCCCAGCGCUGAAGAGGAGCCAUUCCGACUCUCUUGACCAUGAUGUCUUUCAGCUGAUUGACCAGGAUGAGAACAAGGAAAACGAAGCCUUUGAGUUUAAGAAGCCAAUCAGACCUGCAUCUCGUGGCUGCCUGCACUCUCAUGGACUUGAGGAGGGUAAAGACCUCUUCACACAGAGGCAGAACUCUGCCCCAGCUCGGAUGCUUUCCUCAAAUGAAAGAGAUAGCAGUGAACCAGGGAAUUUCAUUCCUCUUUUUAUGCCCCAGUCACCUGUGACUGCCGCUUUGUCUGAUGAGGAUGAUGGCUUCAUGGACCUUCUCGAUGGAGAGAAUCUGAAGAAUGAUGAAGAGACCCCAUCAUGCAUGGCAAGCCUGUGGACAGCUCCCCUUGUCAUGAGAAGAACCACAAACCUUGGCAAUCGAUGCAAGCUGUUUGACUCCCCUUCCAUGUGUAGCUCCACUGCCCGGCCAGUGUUGAAAAGACCAGAACGAUCUCAAGAGGAGUCCCCACCUGGAAAUACGAAGCGGAGGAAGAGCAUGGCUGGGGCCAGUCCUGGAGAGGCAGCUAGUCCAGAGAAGCCCCAAGAGAUUCUACAUCAAUCUUUAUCCCUCGCAUCCUCCCCAAAAGGGACCAUUGAGAACAUUUUGGAUAAUGACCCAAGGGACCUCAUAGGAGAUUUCUCCAAGGGUUAUCUUUUUCAUACAGUUGCUGGCAAGCAUCAGGAUUUAAAAUACAUCUCUCCAGAAAUUAUGGCAUCUGUGUUGAAUGGCAAGUUUGCCAACCUCAUUAAAGAGUUUGUUAUCAUUGACUGCCGAUACCCAUAUGAAUAUGAGGGAGGCCACAUUAAGGGGGCAGUGAACUUGCACAUGGAAGAGGACGUUGAAGACUUCUUACUCAAGAAGCCCAUCGUACCUACUGAUGGCAAGCGCGUCAUCGUUGUGUUCCACUGCGAGUUUUCUUCUGAGCGAGGCCCUCGCAUGUGCCGGUACGUGCGAGAGAGAGAUCGGCUGGGUAAUGAGUACCCCAAACUCCACUACCCUGAGCUGUAUGUCCUGAAGGGUGGAUACAAGGAGUUCUUCCUGAAAUGCCAGUCUCACUGUGAGCCCCCCAGCUACCGGCCCAUGCACCACGAGGACUUUAAAGAAGACCUGAAGAAGUUCCGCACCAAGAGCCGGACCUGGGCAGGGGAGAAGAGCAAAAGGGAAAUGUACAGCCGUCUGAAGAAGCUCUGAGGGUGGUGGUGCCAGACAGCAGCAGCCUGAGCCUCCCUCCAUCCCUCCCCACUUCCUCUUUGCUGCAGAGAAACUUAAGCAGAGGGGCCAGCUGUGUGACAUUUGGAGAGAAGGCCUGGGGCUUCCACGCCUUAAACCUACCUCCCACACUCCUAAGGUUGGAGCCCAAAGCAUCCUGCUGGCUAUGCCUCUUCUGUCCCUGUAAGAUGACCUCCUUCUGCACCAGCACGUUCUGCCAAGGAAGUCGUGUGCCACAGCACAGUUCUGAGCACCAGGUCAAGAUGUUCUGACUCCUCAUCCCCCACAGUUGGAUGAAUCACCUGGGGCCUUGUUGGGCACUGGCCUUCUCUCAUGAGAGAAGGGUCAGGACAGUGAAGUGGAGAGAAGUAACACAAAUGGAAAUGCUGCUGGCCAAAUACCAAAGACAGCCUGGGAAGGAACGGUGUUUGUGGGAUAACCCAUAUCUUUAAUUUAUUCAACUUCAGCGAUCACUUUUCUUUUUUCUUUUCUUUUUUUUUAACUCCUGAAGACUUUUAUUUAACUGCUUGAGUCAUAAUACUGCCAUUCUAGGUAGGGUUUUACCAUCCCAGGGACUACCUCUGUUUUUUAUUUAAAAAAAAACAAAGGACGGGGGAAGGAGAGGACGACUUGAGAGUUGUGGGACAGAGAACUGGGAGCUCUGUCACCCCCAGGAGGUGCUGCGGCACUGGGGCUGCUGCUAUCUAAAGCCAAGGACUGAGACACUGGUGGGAGCAGGCACUGGACUCAGGCGUGGCUACAGGACAUAAGCUAAACCUCCCAGACCUACCUCGAAGGCCGCUGAGAUCUCUUUGAGGGGUGACGCGCUCUUCCUCUCCCCAGUCCCUAUGAUGUUGGCUGGUCUAGGAGUCACAGUCAGGAAAGCACUUCAGGCAGCUGCCACUGCCCCACCCCUACUCCCCCAGGUCAGUGUUGGAACAUGAUAGUGUAGGUGUCCCAGAGUAGGAGGCAGGGAGGGGUGGGCUCUGCAGGAUGGGGAGGGGAGUAGACGCUGAGUGUCUUCCUUCUGUUAUUCUGAUACUCUUUGAUAGCUUUUAUUUUCAUUUUUAAAAAACAGUCAUUUUAUGAGUCAAGGAGUAUCAAAUCGGUGUUGGCUGGGCCACCCAAGGGUGGGGAGAGGGGCUGGAAGCCCUGGGCAUUAGGAGAAGGACAUGGGUGCUGGCAUAGAGAUGACUGUUUAGAAUGUGUUUCUUACGAGGCAGCGUGGUGGGUUUUGAAGGUAAAACUUUGAGAUUAUCAUGUUUUAAUUUGAGGGACAGGGAGUGAUAGAUCAUCAUCAGUUGCCCCUCAUCUGACCCCAUGGAAGUGGGGGUCUCAAAGGAACACCUCCCAAGGAGCUGGGGCAGACUUGAUUGAUUCCAGACAGGCCUGUUUGGUUCCUGCUCAUCCCUACCCUUAGGCACCAGUUUUCCUUACCAUCUUUGCUCCACUGGGGUGUAGCCAAGUUUUUCUUAAACACAAGUCAGUCUCCCCUCGUGACUUGGCUUCCUAUUCUGGGGGUGGGGAGGGAAUCAGUGAUGUUGGAGAUAACUGGUUGCUAUGUUAUGGGUUUGAGCUGCAUUUGGCUGUAAAACAAUCUUGUUAGAAAAAUAUGUGGGGAGGAGAGGAGAGGGAGAAGGCCUCUUCCCCCACACACAUUGAGACACAUCUCAGUUGGUCUCUAAUCUUGUUCGCAGGGAUUCUGCUGGUUGAAUGCCAGAAAAGGGAGGUGGGAUGGCCUUCAGGUUGUACCAGCUUAGCUAGCACUGCUAACCAACUGUUGCAGGCUCUGAAAAUAAAAACA